AUGAUUACUAUGGAUAAUUCAAAACAAUAUCUUUCAUAUCCAUCAAAUGAAAUUAUUCAUACAAAAACAAAACUUUUAACAAAAAAAACUCGAAGAAAACAAACAUUACAUCGUUUUAGAGAUCGAUGUUUACCAUCAUUAGCAACAAAUACAGUUAAAAUGGUUGUUGCAACAUUACAUAUAGGUUCAACAACAAAUGAAGAUAUAAUUGAAGAUGAAGAACAAGAUGAUGAAAUACUAUCUAUUGGACAACAAGUUCAAGCACACAUUCCAGAUAUUGUUUUAAAUAAUUUAAAUGAUUUAAUUGAUCAAAAAGGAAAUAUUUUUAUACCCAGUGAACAUAUGUAUAAUAAAAUAACAUUAUUAUUUCUUGAUGUAUCCGGUUUUACAUCAUUAACUGAACAAUAUUCAAAUGAUGCACAUUUAGGUAUUGAUCAAUUAACACAUACAUUAAAUUUAUAUUUUGAUAAACUUGUUUCACAAAUUUUAAUAUUUAAUGGUGAUAUAUAUAAAUUUGCUGGUGAUGCUAUACUUGCUUUAUGGACAAAUGAAUUAAAUGGACCUGAACAAGCAUUAAAAUGUGCAUUAUAUUUACAAAAAAAAUGUGGAUCAUAUGAAACAGAUGUUGGAGUAGUAUUACGUCUUAAAAUUGCACUUGCAUAUGGACCUGUACGUGCAUUAUUUAUAGGUACAGAUGAAUUUAAACAUUAUAUAUUAGCAGGUGAUUGUGUUAAAGAUGUAAAUAUAUGUGAACAAUUAUGUGAACCAGGAGAUAUUAUUAUAACAAGAGCAGUUUAUGAACAAAUUCAAUCAAUAAAACUUAAUUGUGAAUUUAUAUCAAUUAAAGAUGAUAUUAAUCAACAUAUUGCUGUAAAAUAUUCUAAACUCAUAGAUGAUAGUCAUGAUCUAACAAAAAUCAAUGAUAAAAUUAAUAUUUCAUAUCAAGAAAUAUCUAAUGAUAAUCAUCUAUAUGAUCAUGAUAAUAUUCCAAAUCAUCAAUCAUCUUCAUUAAUAACUGAUGUAAUUGAUAAAGAACUUUAUAAUAAAAUUGAUACUUUAAUGAAAUCAUUUUUACUUCGUUGUGUAUAUCAACGUAUUGAACGUCAACAAUCUUUAGAUUAUUUAAGUGAAUUACGUCGUGUAACAAUAACAUUUAUUAAUCUUGAUAUAUCAAAUGAACAAUAUACAAAUAAUAAUCUUUGUCAAAAUGUUCAAAAAGUUUUUAUACAAAUAUAUGAAUUAACAAAAAUGAUGGGUGGUGUUUUAACUAAAGCAUUAUUAUUUGAUAAAGGUUGGUCAUUUUUAUGUGUUUUUGGUUUACCUGGUUAUAAACAAGGUGAUGAUACAGCAAAUGCACUUAAAUGUGCUUAUAUGAUACAUUCAACAAUGCAUAAACAAUGUCAAUUUAUUGAUAAAUGUUCAAUUGGUGUGGCAACAGGUCUUACUUAUUGUGGUGUUGUUGGACAUAUAGCACGUUGUGAAUAUACAGUUAUUGGUCGAAAAGUAAAUAUGGCUGCACGUUUAAUGUGUAAUUAUCCAAAUAUAAUAUCAUGUGAUCAAGAAACAUAUUAUAAUUCACAUUUAAAUAAUCGAUGUUUUCAAAUAUUACCCGAUAAAAUAUUAAAAGGUAUGAAUAAUGUUGGAAUUAUUUGGCAAUAUGGUGAUUAUUUAGAUAAUAUACAAAUACAAAAUAAUCAAAUAAUUGAACAAAAUAAAAAUAUGAUAAUAGAUGAUAUUAGACAUGAAAAUUAUCCAUUAUUAGGACGUAGAAUUGAAUUAAUGAUUGUGGCAACACAAAUUGUAUUAUUAGAUGAACCUUUAAAUAGUUCAAAUAGACGAAGAGAUCUUGCAGCUAUUAUGUUUGAAGAAAUGCAUAUAUUUGAUUUAGGUGAUGAUAAAAUUGGUCGAAGUCGUUUAUUACAAUUUAUAGCUGAUUCAUUUGAAAAUUUAAAUAAUGAAAAUAAUAAUUUAGUUCUAUCUUGUUUCGAUAAUACUUACAUUCCUCAUGAUUCAACAAUUCCUAAUAAUAUAUCUAUAACAACAAAUGAUAAUCAAAUAUAUAAUUUAUCAUCAUCAUUAAAUCUUUAUAAUAAUGAAUAUUUAACAAUAAAAAAAUCAACAAUACGUGUUAUUAAAUAUUGUUGUCAAUUAGAACAACGUUUUAAUGAAUUUAGUUUACUUCGUUCAUUACUUCGACAAUUAUUACAAUUUCAUAAUAAUGAUAAAACACAAUAUGAACGUGAACAAUAUUUAUUAAAAUUAUUUGAUAUAAAUAAAUCAAAUGAUUUAUAUUUAAGACGAAAUUUAUUUUUAUUAAAUGAUUUACUUGAUGUAAGAUUUCGUCGAAGUCCUAUUGAUACAGAAAAUAUAAAUGAAAAGAAUUUUGUUCAAACAUAUGAAAUAGAUAUUAAUGAAUUAUUAUUACAUAUUUUAAAUCAACUUAUUGAACCAUCAAUAACUAUGAAUGAAACAAAUAUAAAUGCAAUAUCUACAUUAAGUUCAACAAGUUCAAUAUCUACUUUACCUAUUUCUUCUAUAUCAACUGUAUCAAAAAUUUUAUUUAUUAUUGAUGAUAUUCAUUUUGCUGAUGAAAGUUCACUUAAACAUUUACUUAUAUUAGGUAGUCAUAGUAAAUGUUUAUUAAUUCUUUCAAUGAAACCACCAAAUAAUAAUAAUAAUGAUCGACCAUCUACAAAUAUAUUACAAUCAAUAAGGACAGAUUCACGUGUUUAUCUUCGACGAUUACCUGGACUUGAAUUACGUUAUCUUGCUACACUUGCAUGUCAAAUAUUAUCUGUACAUAAAAUUCCAGCAAAAAUUGUUAAAAUACUUAAUGAAAGUUGUAAUGGUAUACCAGGUUUUUGUGAACAAAUUCUUUUUGAUCUAUUACGUAAAGAUAAAAUUUAUAUUACAAAUAAUAUUGAAAUUAAUGAUGAAGAUUUACAUUUAAUUGAAGGUGAUGUUGAUAAACUUCUUAUUAAUUCAUUAAAUAAAAUAAGUUUAUUUAAAACAUUAUUUUCUCGUCGUAAACAAAUUAUUAAUAAUGAACAAUAUAAAACUGAACGUAUUUUUUCACGUAUAUGUCUUUUACGUGAUCCAACAGCUAAUGAUUUUAUAUCUCAUUGUCAACAAAAUUUUCAAAAUUAUAUUAUGUGUCGUAUAGAUCGUUUAUCUGAAGGUGAAAGUUUACUUGUUAAAAUAGCUGCUGUUAUUGGUAAUACAUUUUCUCGUACAUUUUUAUGGCAAUUAGUUGAUCCACAAUCAAAAAAAUUAAUUAAUAUUAAUUCAUGUAUAUUAGAUAUGAUGCAACGAACAGUUAUUGAAUGUGCAUAUCAACAACAACAAAUACAUAGAACACAUACAAUAAAAUGUUUUUGUUUACAAAAUCCAGGUGGUUUUCCAUCACAAUGUCGUCUUAUGACAUUUACACAUGUAUCAAUACGUGAAGGAAUAUAUAAUUCAUUAACAGAUAGUUUAAAACGUAUAUUAAUACGAAAUGCAAUUGAUUAUAUUGAAAAACAAUGUACAAUUCUUUGUUUAACAUGUGGACCAAGAAAUGAUAAUCCAUUUUUUGUACAAAAACAAGAUGAUCUUACAAGAAAUAUUAAAACAACUAAUCAACAUGCAUUUGUUGAUAUUGUUAAAAUGGUAGCAUUAAAAGAAAUUGAUAAUACAAUAAAACAAUCAAUGAGAUUACGUUCAAUGAGUUCACCUGUAAAACCAAGAUCAAAUACAUCAGCACAUUUACAAAAAGAAUCAAUUACAACACUUAUUGGAAAUUCAAAUAAAAAUGAUAAUAGAAGCUCUAACAAGAUUCAAGAAAAACGUCGUAAUAGUUAUGAUGUUAGUGGAUUGAAUUUUCAACGUACAAGACGUUCUCAAUCUUCAUUUUUUGCACUUAUUGAAGAUGAUUUUGAAACAAAAAUCAAUCAAUCAAUACGUCAUGAAUCGAUUGAUUCAGAUUCAACUUUAAUUAGUGAUUAUCCAUAUAAAAAUAAUAUAACAGAAUCUAUAUCAUCACCUAUGCAAAUUGAUAUUCAACGAUCAUCAUCAUCAUCAAUAUCAAAUCAUAUAUUUACUAUAUUUCAAUUAUCUAAACGACGAUUUAUUAAUUCAUCAUUAUCAAAAACUCCAUUAUUAAAAAAACUUGAUAGAUCUAUAAUAACUACUAAAUCAAAUGAAAAUGAAACAAUUGUAGAAUCAAGACAAAAAAUCAAAGAAAAUAAAUUACAUCGUUUGAGAACUUUUUGUCGAUUUAUUUUCUGUCAACUUGUACCAUUAAAUUCAAAUUCAUCAGUAGUUAUAGAAGUUAAUAAUCAAUCUACAAAAAAUUUAAUUGAUAAUUCAAUACAAGAUACUAAUAUAAUUACAACAUUAAAUAGUAUUCCGCAGAAAAAUGAAAUUUUACAAAAACGUUCAUCUCAUUGGCGAAAAGUUCGUCAAGCAUUAAUACCAUCACCACCAAAUAAAAUUCUUCAUAGUUGUCCAAGUGAUAAUGAAUUACUUGAACAACCAAUGUUAUCAUCUGAAUUAAUGAAUCAAAUAUUAAAUGAUCUUAAUUGUUUAAAUCAACAAAUUUAUCGUAUACGAACAUUUCAAAAUCUUUAUGAUCAAUCACUUUUAUUUCAUAUAUUUCAAUCAUAUAUACAUUAUAAAAAUUUAAUUGAAUAUGUUUAUGAAACAAAACAAAAAGAACAAAUUAUAUUUAAUUUAAAUGAUUAUUUAAAUGAAUCUAUAAUUUAUAAUGAUUUACGUUUAUGUCAAUGUAUUGAUUAUAUUUUAACUAUUUAUAUAAAAUUAGUUGAAUAUCAUACAAAUUUAUAUAAUAUGUAUGAAAAAUUACCUGAUGAUAAACGUAAUUAUUUACGUUGUAAACAAUUUGAUAGAAUUAUUUAUUAUCGUAUUGAAAUAUGUCAAUUAUUAUUACGUUCAAAUUGUUUACAACGUUUACUUGUUGAAAUUGAAAAUGGACGAAAAUUUUUUAAUCAAUAUCAAUAUGAUAUUUUAAAUAAAGAUGAUUAUUUUUAUAAAUAUCAAUAUAUACUUACAAAAUAUACAUAUAAUCUUUUUGAAGCUAUUGUUUUACAACGUACAAGAUCAAUUUAUGAUGCAAAAUUAUUAUGUGAACAAAGUUUAAAAGAAUUAAAUGAUAUUGAUCAAAAUCAAUUAUGGGAUAAUUUAAUAUUUAAUACAGAUUUAUUAAAUUAUUCAACAGCUAAAGAAAAAAGAUUACAAUAUGAACAAACAAAAGAUUAUUUAUUAGAUAAAAGUUUUAAUUCUCAAACAUCACAGUCAAAUCAAUUAUCGAUUUUUAUUGAAAAAUAUCGUCUUGAAUAUUUAAUAUGUCAAUAUCAUCUUCUUCGAUAUCAACUUUCUCGUGAUCAAUCAAUUGAAUCAAUAAAUACUUUAAUUAAUUUACAAUAUUAUAUAUAUCCAAUAUCAUUUUCUCUUCCAUGUACAAUAAUUUUAAUUGAAUAUUUUUAUUGUCAAAUGAAUUAUAAUCAAUGUUUAAUACUUAUUAAUAAACUUAUAACAUUUUGGUGGCCAUAUAUAACAUCACGUGAAAAACUUGAAUUAGGUAAAUUAAAAAGUUUAUCAUUAAUUAUUGAAUUAAAACAAGGUUCAAUUGAAUCAGCUAUAUUAUCAGGUUAUUUUGCUAAACGUUUAUUAACUGGUUAUCAUGAAAAUAUAUUUCUUAUUGAAACAUGUAUACAUUUAACAUUAGCAUUAAUUGGUGAAAUGCGUAUAUCAAAUAUUGAAUUAAUAUUACAACAUUUAGAAUAUUUAAGUGAACAAACAAUGAAUUCAUAUGCAAAAUUAUGGUAUUAUAUAUUAGUUAUUGAUGUUGCUAUUGAACUUGGUUAUGAACUUAUGCCAAUAACAAUUGAUUUUCUUGAAAAUAUAACAAAAUAUCGUAAAAAACUUCUUACAGGACCAAAUCAACGAAGUUUAUUAAUUUUUUAUAGUGAUUGUACAUUAUCACAAAUUUAUAUACGAUUAGGAAAAUUAAAUAUGUCAAAAAUACAUUUUCAAUUAGUUAUACAUCAAAUAAAAUAUGAUCAAAUGCAUUUAUCAAAUAUUGAUUUUCGUUUUCAACGUGCUCUAUUUAAAUUAAUUGAAACACAAUUAUUAUAUUGGUAUCAUACUAAAGAAUAUGAAGAAAAUAUAACAAUAAAUUAUUUUUUAUUAAAUAUUAUUGAAUAUAAUAUAAAUAAUAAUUUAAUACCAUGGAAUAGAACAAGAUAUUUUAUUUAUCAAGCUUAUUAUGAUAGACUAAUUAAUGAUUAUAAACGAAAACAACAAUAUUCUAUUGAUAAUGAUUUCAAUUGGAAAUUAAGUUUAGAAGAAGCUGAAAUCAAUGCUAUUAAACUUGAUCUUGAAUGGAUAAAAUUAUUACGAACUGCAUGGUUACAUCCAAUAUCUGAACAAAUAUCUUUACAAAUUAAUCAAUGUAUAUCUAUUGAACGGCCACGCACAUCUUCAGCAAUGAUGUGUAAAUCAGCUAAUCGUCCUUUUAUUCGACCAUCUAUACCUCAUAUAAAAACAUCAUCAAAAAUUGAAAAAUAUCCUGAUGAACAAUCAACUAUAACUAUACAUAAUUAUUCUCAUCAAAAAUUUGUUGAUUGGCGUUUAUUUUUAGCUAAUAAUAGUUUACCAAAAUUCCAACUUUAUAUUCUUCCGGUGAGAGUGUGA